AUGAAGCAGCUGUGCCUUUGCGCAUCCGCCUCUUUCGCGCUCCGGCUCGGUCCCACCGACCUUGGCUCCUGCCCGCCGUGUGGCCCGUGCCCUAUCCCGAAACCCGCAGCAAGAGGCAGGCGCCAGGGCCAAGACUGGGGCAAAAAUGACCAGCGCCUGCUCCAGGCCGUGGAGAACAACGAUGCAGCCAGAGUGGCCUCGUUGAUCGCCCACAAAGGGCUGGUCCCCACAAAACUGGACCCCGAGGGCAAGUCUGCGUUCCACUUAGCGGCCAUGAAGGGUGCGGUGGGCUGUCUAGAGGUGAUGCUGGCUCAAGGCUCAGACGUCAUGAGCACAGAUGGAGCAGGUUACAACGCCCUUCACCUGGCAGCCAAGUAUGGGCACCCUGAGUGCCUGAAGCAGCUCUUGGAGGCUUCCUGCGUGGUGGACAUUGAGGACAGCAGUGGGUGGACAGCCCUUCAUCAUGCAGCGGCUGGUGGCUGUCUGUCCUGCUCAAAGCUGCUCUGCUCUUUCAAGGCACACAUGAACCCCCGGGACCGGUCGGGUGCCACGCCCCUCAUCAUAGCGGCCCAGAUGUGCCACACAGAUCUGUGCCGCCUCCUCCUGCAGCAAGGGGCUGCAGCAAAUGACCAAGACCUGCAAGGCAGGACAGCCUUGAUGCUGGCGUGUGAGGGGGCCAGCCCGGAGACCGUUGAAGUACUCCUGCAGGGUGGAGCCCAGCUGGGCAUCACUGAUGCCCUGGGCCAGGACGCCACUCACUACGGAGCCCUGACCGGGGACAAAGUCAUCUUGCAGCUUCUACAGGAAUUUGCACAACGCCCUUCACCUCCCAGUGCCUCUCUAGAGGAUGACUCCGGAGAGGCCUCGUCUCAGAACUCGGUGUCCAGCCAUGAAAAGCAAGGGGCCCCCAAGAAGCGGAAGGCACCCCAACCUCCGGCCAGCACGCCUGUUCCCGACGAUCAGGAUGCUUAUGAGGAGAUUGUGCGUCUGCGCCAAGAGAGAGGCCGGCUCCUGCAGAAGAUCAGGGGCCUGGAACAGCACAAGGAACGGAGGAGAAGGGAGCCCCUGGAGGCAGAGGCCAGCUCAGUGCACAGCCUGGAGAGGCAGGUGCAGGAGCUGCAGCAACUGCUGGCAGAGAAGCAGGAGGAGAAGGAGAGUCUGGGCCGGGAGGUAGAGAGCCUGCAGAGCCGCCUGUCCCUUCUGGAGAAUGACAGAGAGAACACCAGCUACGACGUGGUCACCCUGCAGGAUGAGGAGGCUGAGAUGCCUGACUUUCCAGGAGCUGAUGCGUUGUUGUCAAAGCAGCUACGUCUGUCAGCUGAGGAGCUGGUGGCAUCCCUGCAGGAGCAGGUGGCUCAGCUCACCAGGCAGAACCAGGAGCUGUUGGAGAAGGUCCAGAUCCUUGAGGAGUUUGAGAAGGAUGAGGCGCAGAUGGUGGAAGACAAUCAGCCUGAGGUGGUCCCUCUGGUCUUGUAUGAUACUCUGAGGACAGAGCUUGAGCAGCUCCGGAGGCAGCACACAGAGGCUAUGCAUGCACUGCAGGAGCAGCGGGAGGUGGCCAGGGGUCACGGAGAAGAGACAGUACAGAAGGAGAGCAGGGACAAGGGGACCACCACCCAGAAUGGUCCUAGCGUCCCGGAACUCAAUGGCACCACAUAUCCAGAAACCACAGCAAACGGCACCAUCGAACCCCAAGCAGGAGGCUCCUUGUGCACCGGAAACACAGAAGCCAGUGCUUCAGAAGUGACACCUAUAGAGCCCGAGGCUGCAAGUUCAGAGGCCACGGGGAAAGGUGCUGCGGCAGACGAGGCUGUUGACACGAGAACCACUGUGGCUCAGGCUUUAGACGUGAAAGCUGUAGGUGACAAAGCUGAAAGGGAGCGGGUGGUGGCGGAAGCCAUGGGAGGGAAAGAGAAUCCAGGCAUGGAGGCUGAUGGGGUGCAUGUGGUGCAGGAGGGGCCUCCGGGAACAGAGAUUAGAAACAUGGAGGCCACGGAAGUAGAACUGCGGGAUACCGGAGUUCAGGCCACAGCAGCAGAGUCCAUGGUAGUGAAGACCACGGGAGUGCAGGCCACAGUGGCAGAGGUCAUAGGAGUGAAGGUCACAGGAGUGCAGGUCACAGCGACAGAGGACACAGUAGUCAAGGCCACCACCCUGGAAAUCACGGGAGCAGAGGCCACGGGGUCACAAGCCACGGCCGUAGAGACCACAGGCGUGCAGGCCACAGUGACAGAGGCCAACGGAGCCGAGGCCAUAGUACUCAAGGCCACGGAAGCUGAAGCCGCUUGCACGGAGGGUCCCUGUGCUGCCGUCCUGCACCCGGGGGCAGCUGCAGCGGCGGCGGCACUGCAGGCCGAGCUGGAGACCCGAAUCCGCGGCCUGGAGGAGACGCUUCGCCUGCGGGAGAGGGAGGCGGCGGCCGAGCUGGAGGCUGCCCGGGGCCGAUUUGCGGAGGCCGAGGAGGCGGCACGGGGGAGGAGCCGCGAGCUGGAGACGCUGAGGGAGCUGCUGGCCAGGGCCACGGCCACGGGCGAGCGCGCACGCGAGGAGGCCGCCGAGCUUCGCCGAGCGCUGACGGCCUCCGAGGCUCGGGCUGCCGAGCUCAGUUCCGCGCACGACGCGGUCCGCGAGGAGCUCGAGCGCGUGCGCGGGGCCUCGGUGCCUGCGGACGAGCACGAGCAGGCGCUGGGUGCGCUGCGCGACCACGUGACCCGGCUGCAGGCGCAGCUGGAGGAGCUGGCCCGCAAGCACGAGAGGACGAGCGCCGAAGUCUUCCAGAUCACAGAACUGUCCAAAGAAGUCUUCUCACUGAAGGAGUCUCUGAAGGCGCAGCAGGCAGCCCCUGCCGGCUCUGAGGAGGAGGAGGAAGCCCUUCGCCGCCAGGUGGCAGCCUUGCAGCAGCGCAUGGAGGAGGAGGCCCGGGAGCACGGUGCGGUGGUGGCUUUAUACCGUACCCAUCUCCUCUAUGCCAUUCAGGGACAGAUGGAUGAGGACGUCCAGUGCAUUCUCAGCCAGAUCCUGCAGAUGCAGCGGUUGCAGGCUCAGGGUCGCUGAGGACCUCUGCGAGCUGAAGCCACAGAGACCACCUUCCCUUCCCCAUGCCCUGGCCAGGGUGCUGAACGGACUCAGCAGGCUCUGGGAGCCAGCCUGGGACCUUACCCAUCACUCCACGGCUUACAACACUCCCCAUCUGAUGUUACAACUCCCACUAUGCCAUCUGUAUCACAACCACCCACCCAGGAGUGUAAGCUCACUGCAAGAGGGAGACGUAACCGCUGGGCGAGGGCAGG